CCCCCACGAAACGCCAGCCUCCCUUACUGGACUAUGAUGGCCGUCAGGGUGUCCUCGUACCGCCGGCUCUUUGAGGAGCAGCAGCAGUGGAAUGGAGCUGGAGCAGGGGCCGGACAAGUCCUCUCCUCCGCCAGGGGCGGAGCCAACGGCUGCCCGUGGCCCGAGCCGGACUUUGCGGCGGCACGUGCGCUGAACAAAGAGAGCGUGAUCCGCUUCGCCAAGGAGCGCUCCCUCAUCGCAGCCCUCAAUGACCGCCUGGCCGUCCUCGUCGACGUGGCGCGGUGUCUGGAGGAGGAGAAUGAGUCCCUGGAGGUGCAGAUCCUGGAGCUGAAGGAGCGAAUGGGAGUGGAGGGGGAGGAGUCGACCGCCAUCACCACCCGGGGCCCUGCGGACUACAGCCUGGAGGCCGUGGUGGAGAGGCUGCGCCACGAGAAGGAGGAGAUUCUGCGUGACACAGAGGACCUGAAGAAGGAGCUGGCAUGUCUGCAGGCUGAGUAUGACCAGGCGGUGGAGCGGCGCUCUCUCAUCCAGCUGGAGAAGGAGGAUGUUGCCGUGGAUGUUGAUGACAUCACAGCCGACUGCCUGGCACUGAGGGAGCAAGUUGCCAUCUACGAGGAGCAGCUGGCCAAUAUGGAGCAGCAGCACGAGGAGAGGCUGGAGAUUCUGACUGAGCCAGCAAAAGGAGCGCCUGGUGAAGAUGCCGUCGUCUCCUUGGAAUUCCCAGACCUCGACAUCACUCCUGCUAUCAUGGAUAUCAAGGAGUACUACAGUCAGCUGGCAGAGAGCCUGCAGUUUGAGUGCGGCCCGAGAGCGGCCAUCACUGCGGGAGGAGAAGGAGGAAAUGGAAACGGGGCCACCGGGGCCAAAGCAGCAGGGGCUAGAGUGAAAGACGUCUCCAAGGUGACGGACGUGGAUGCCCUCAAGGCACUGAUUGCUGAGCUGCAGAAUGAGCUUGCCGAACUGGAGAGGCAGAACGAGGAGCUGGAGGCCGAGAUCGAGGCCAGGAAAGAGGCUUACCUGCAGGAGAUCGAAGACAUGGAGAACUGCGUGGCCGACCUGAAGGACUCUCAGGCUGACCUUGAGGCCCAGAUGAGGGAGCACUGCAGUGACUACGAGGAGCUCCUGAGCCAGAAGAUGGCCCUGGACAUUGAGAUUGCUGCCUACAGGGGCCUGGUGGAGGAGGAAGAGGAGCGCUUGUUCUGCCUGUAAAGGGACGCCGGAGCGAGGGAUGAGCGAGGUCCUGAUGGAGGAGAGGGGACCGAGGGGAGGAAGUGACAGAAGGAGGGAAGAAAACAUACACACACACAC